AUGAUCAAGACGCCAGGUCUCGCGUCUUGUACUAACCGAAGUGUGGCUGAAACCAGGCUCAAGCGUCAGCUUCAGCGGUUCGAGCAUCGUCCAGAAGUCCUGAAGGAGUACCAUGCCACCAUCAGCGAGUACUUCAAAGAAGGCCAUGCGGAAAGAGUAGUGCCAUCGGCACCCCUUGGACAGACCGUCUACUACCUGCCUCACCAUGCGGUAGUCCGACGUGAGGCCGUGACUACAAAGGUCCGCGUUGUGUUCGAUGCCUCAUCGCAUGAAUACGGUGAACCGUCUUUGAACGACGUGCUCGAUAAAGGCAUCAAGCUGGGUCCUGAACACCUGCAGCUACUCUUGCAGUUUAGGAGCAGCAAAUUCGUUCUCACCGCGGACAUCCCAAAGGCCUUCCUCCAGAUAUGGAUCCGAUCGGAAGACAGAGACGCUCUUCGCUUCUUGUGGAUCGACCAAUCACCGACACAUGAGCAUCCCGUCCCAACAAUCAUCGAGUGGCGCAUGACCCGGGUCCCAUUCAGAGCGUCUUCUAGCGCGUUCUUGUUGUCGGCAACCCUACAGCACCACCUCGAAACAUGGAAGACGAAGCACCCGGACAUCGUGGCCCGCCUACAACGGGCAUUCUACGUGGAUGACUUAGUCAUCGGCGCGUCUUCGGAAGAGGAGGCAUUGCAAAUUUACCGAGAAGCGAAUGCUAUCGUUACCAAUGCGGAAAUGGAAUUGAGAAAAUGGUGCUCAAACUCCCGCCUUCUCUGCGACUAG